AUGGAGACUCUCACUCUCGGUGAGCUUGCGGCUCCAUUGAAGCAGAAACAGCAGCCCACGAUCUCAGAGGUGGAGUCCGAGUCCAACUAUGCGGACCUCGGGGAAACCAACACGGCACUCUCCGCUGGCACGCGGACGAACGGCACCAAAACUGUGAAGGUCACGUUCACAGGGGAGGGGAACCAGCUGGCCGUGUUCCGAUGGAGGGACACUGGAGACACAAAAGAUUCUUCCUCUUCGGUCAAAACUGGGAGUUCAGUGGGCGAAGAAGAGCAGGAGGAGUUGAGCUACACGGAAAUGCGCCUAGGCAGUCACCGUCAAUCGGAGGACGAGAAUGCUACGCCAACAGCAGAUGCAGAAUCGCACUACAUUACGACUCACGAGAUCCAGCUGACGGAGCUUGACCAUGAUGCCGACUGCGACUUUAGUCACGGAUCACGCUGGGAUUAUGAUGACGACAACCUUGUGUACUCAUUUGUGGAUUAUGCAUCAUUCGAGAGUGUUAAUGCGGAUGGAAUAAGGGCCAAAAGCAGCCAACGGAUGGAUGGACAAAGUUCCCGGCCACCCAAACUGGCGGCUACAGGGGCACCAGUUAGCACCGAAAGUGAGCCAUGCGAAUCGGACAAAGGCACGAGUUCGGACGAGAGUCCCUGCAAGAUGCAAGAUGACAGGCUGUGUUCCACUGGACAGGUUCACAUGGCUGUUAAAGCUUGCCCACCUGUUAGUGGUCAAGAAGAAGAUACCCACUACCAAACAGUACGAAACUCCACUGGAGUUUUCGUAAACUCUGUCAGCAAGGAUGAGGCACUUCGGGAGCAUGGCCGCUGUUUCAUCCCAGCGCCAGGUCGCCAGCACCUUGCCAGUAAGUUGAGGGGUAAGGACGUGAACGAGUAUUCAAGUGGUGCAUCUAGUUCCGUUAGUGAGCUGGAUGAUGCAGACAAAGAAGUACGCAACCUAACAGCCAAGUCAUUCCGUAGUCUGGCAUGCCCCUACUUUGAUGCCAUCAACCUGAGGACAUCCAGUGAGUCCUCUGUCUCUGAGCAUGGGCUGAGCUUCAACAGGUGGUCCACCUUUGUUGACUGGAAUUAUGGCGGCAUAGGCCGUGAACGUGGCACACUAGAGGCUACCAAGCUUGCGGAGAACAAAAACAGUAAUGUGGUCACUGACAUGUCUCAGAAUGGAUCUUCUGAGUCAGCUAGGAAAAUAGAACUGCGGAGCAACUUUCGGUCUGAGAAAGACGAGGCCAAGGAUGUCAACCCAACUGAGAUGAUGAAUGUCAGUUGCAACGUGGAAGCAGGUUUGGUCACAAAAAGCUCACACAGUGCUAUGGGGUCAUGUGCCACAGCCAAUGUUGCCAUCACCAAUCCAGCCAGGUCAGGAAAUGAGGCAGCAAGCCAGCCAUCUGAGGUGGAAGAUGGUAUAGAGAACACAUACAAAAAAGCAAUUUUUGCCUCAAGUCUCUUGAAAAAUGUCAUCUCCAAGAAAAUGCAGUUUGAACAAGAGUGUAUGGAGAGGGUCCAAAUGCAACAUGUCUCGCCGUGCCCUCUGGAUCAGGAAACGGACUCUCACAGGAACAGCACAGGCACCAAAGACUUACAGAGGCAGACGUCAGAAGCAGGGUCCAGACUGUCUGUUGUCUCCCUGGAGGAGCUUGGAGACAUAAUGGACAGUGUUUCCCACCUUUCUGAAGAAGAGGCACAGGACAGUUCACAUGCUGCCACUGCAGAAGUCAAUGUCGAGUCACCCAACAAAGUAGCAGUCACGUCUAAGGCAGACCCUUCUGAAAGCAAAAAGGGCCAAUUACCAUGCAGCCAAAAAAGUGCCUUCAAAACCUGGAAAGAUGGUGAGCAGGUGAUCUUCAAGACCCACCCUGGAAAUGACAGCAAACCUGUGAAGAUGACUGCGUCCACCUCAGAGCAAACGAUGGAAAAGAAGAGAGAAAAUGCUAAUGGUAAGACGACCAAGAUGUCCCACUUAUAUGUACCCAGCUCACAUCUCCUCCCUAAAGAGAGGAGUCCAGUAAAGCUUUCAGGAGAAGGAGUGCACAGAGAAACAAGUGCUACUUCAGACCGAAAUCAAGGCGGGAAAGCCCAGGAGAUCACAAUUCGCUUGCACAGCACAAAAGAAAACAACAGCAACCCAUUCAGCAUAGCCAGCCUCCUGACCCCUAACAUCGGAAGCAAACCCGGUAAGAGCCAUGUGCUCUCUGUGAGCGACAAAGCACCACACUUCAUGGUGAGGGAUGUCCGGGACAACAAAUGGAAGCUCCACACCCCCAUCCACCAGGUGCGAGAUGUGCGCAAGCUGGUGAAAAGCUCCUACAGGUUUGUGUCACUGGAGAACGUGGAGCAUAAAACAGAACCUUCUGCAUCACAUGAGGAGAGCCAAGUCAUGAAGAAAGAACCUGACAAAGCACAAUUCCCAAGUCCCAUGGUGAUCAAGUGCCAGUCUGUGAACACAAGUGGUGGCACACAACGAGGUGCAAAAGUGAGUGGUGAGAGCUUACGAGAAACAGAGACGGGGAGAGAGAUCUCACAAUGCACCAGAAAUGACAGCAUGCGUCGGGUACCAUGCACGAAACAGCCUGACCCAAAAUCGGUCAAACAGAAAGUGGAGUGCAGGCUCACAAACCAGGCAGCUCUCGAGAAGCUGAAGGCAGCUGUGAAAACGAUGGAACAGCUCUACGUCUUUGACAGGAAUGAGUGGAAGCGCAAAACAGAGGCGCCCCAGGUGGUAACAGACAGUCACGUACUCUCCCUCAUCGCCAGUGAGGAACACAGGCUGGCAGGAAAAACGGACCCUGAAGACGAACAGAGGAAAUUCACAAACAUUGAGUCUCACGCCGAGAGGAUAUGCAUGAAACCAGUUGUGCAAAUGGACACACCUAAAACCUUCACCACUAAGCCCGACUCAUAUGAUAAUAGGUGUUUGUUGGGUCCAGGAAGUAGUCUAGGCAGUAAAACUGCUGUUAGCGCACAGCAGGACAGACAGUGUUCCACCAGUGGGAAGUCCAGCUCCACUAAGGGACCCUUGUGUCUGAAGAUUUCUCCAUCGAAAGCUAAGCUAGAAGAAAGAGGGAUGACCAGCACGACUAAUUCAGAGACUCUUGCUAAACCUCAGCACUCGCAUCCCGCACUCUCUGAUUCUGAAAACUAUCUGAGCAUCCCUGUUAAAUCUUGCCCCACUGAGCACAACCUUGCUCCCCAACCCCGUCCCUCGCAAUCCCACCCACCCCUGCAGCGCUCCCCGGUCGUCACAGACUCUUGGUCUCCUGAGAGCCCGACAGCAACAAUGGUGUAUCACCACACAGUUCACCCCCAACUUCUAUGCAUUACACCCCCCAUGGAUGCCCCUCUCCCAAGCACUCAGCGCAAGCUGCUGCUGGACCCCACCACUGGUCAGUGCUACCUGGUAGACACCCCCAUCCCCCUGCAGCCAGCCACUCAGAGACUCUAUUACCCUGAAAGUGGCCGAUAUCUGGACGUACCACUGUCCGUCACCCCUGGACCCAUCUCACCCAUCACCCUUAGUCCAGCCUAUGCCCCCCCACCCUACUUCAUCUACCCACCAACCUUGCUACCACCCCAUUUACACGCCCAGUCGUCUGCAUGUUCAGAGGGUGACAGUGUGGGAUCUGCACCAGGCCUGUACCUCGCCCCACCAGGAGUAGCAACAUCCAGCACUAAGCCAGUCAUUAGCAUCACAUCACAACAAGGGCCCCGAAUUAUCGCCCCUCCUUCAUUUGAUGGGACGACCAUGAGCUUUGUCGUGGAGCACAGAUAACUGAGGGUUUGGAGGAAUGUGUGUGUGUGUGUGUGUGGGUGGGUGUGUGUGUGUGUGUGUGUGUGUGUGUGUGUGUGUGUGUAUGUGUGUCUCCUGUUCUCACCCCUCCACCUCGGCCGAACACGCUCCCACAGUUACAGGAAAUCAUCUGCGUCACUUCCUGUGCUCGGGCUUCCUGUGCGCUCUGCGGUUUUCCGUAGCUCUGCGCAGCAAAGGAUGGUUCAAAGGCUUUCAUGGCAGCGUUCAGGUGUUUAUGUGCGCGAGUGAAGGAACGACUGCUCUGCCUCUGUGAAGCUGAACAGCUCUUUACAACGUCGUCGCCUGUUAAUGGGCACUACAGUAAAAAGUCAAACACUGAAUUUCAAAACUGAAACUUUUUUCUUUUUUUUUUCUAGAUAUUCUGUGUAUUAAACCACUGCAAUCAUUUGAAACCCUUUCUGUUUUCAUUUCCCUUGUUAGUCCAGAUUAGCUGUGUUAGCCUAGCCUGUUUGCCGUAGCUUUGUUGUUGUUCUUUUUUUUUGGGGUUCUUUUUAUGUGAACAUACAUUAAAGGUAUAUGGAGCUGCAGGCCAGUCUGUUUACCUGUUUGUAAAGAGUAUUUCAUUUCUGCCACUUUAUGAGAAAAUAGCAAUGUGGAGAGAAGAUUCGUUGGGCAUAUAAUGCGAGAUGUUAGCAACACAAACCUGGUGGGUUUUCAAGCUUUGUCUUCCAAAGCCUGGAAAUGUUUGGUUGUCAUGGUGCUGCGUUCGACUUAACUUGGAAGUUGGAGUUUGGAAUUAAGUCAUUUUUGAGCUACAAAGUGAAAAAACCACAGACAGUUUCAUGAACGUGAGUGUUGUUAGCAACUAACUAGCUACCCUGCUGAAAACAAACAGCACCAUCCAGCAUGAAUUCUGUGCUGGUAUAAGCUGGUCUAUGCAGGUUUAUACUGGUUUAGCUGAUCACCCAGCAUGGUCAUGCUGGUUGACCAGCAUGCCAGCAUCCAAAACACAACAUAUGCUGGUCUAUGCUGGUUUUUCUAGCAGGGCAGCUAACAUUCUUGAUAUGAAUGGUUAGUAUUGUAUUUAUCUUCUUAAAACAGUGAUCAGUAUUAAAGAUUUAACCAACUACUGUGUUUGUAUGUUGAUUAAGCUAAAGCUAAUAUGACUAUAAUCUCAGUUAGAAGUAGAAAAGCGGUACCUUA